AUGUCUUCUCAUCAGGCGAAGCAGAUAAGCACAACUGGUAUGCACGAGAUCGGUAACCCCUCCAGCAUUGAGCUCGACGAUGCCAAUCUGGCACGUAUGGGGAAACGGCCAGUCCUGAAGCGAAAUUUUGGAUUGAUGUCGAUGUUGGGGUUUAGUUGUACUAUUCUGAUUACUUGGGAGGGAAUUGUUGUGUUGUUCCUCCAGGCAUACUCAAAUGGCGGCCCUGCUGGUGCAGUUUACGGCUUUAUCUUUGUCUGGGUCGGCGUUGCGUCGACUUUCGUCGUCCUUUCAGAGUUGGCCUCGAUGGCUCCAACUUCUGGCGGCCAGUACCACUGGUGCUCGAUGCUUGCCCCGCGAUCCGUCAUGAAGCUCUUUAGCUAUCUAACUGGUUGGCUUACCGUUAUCGGAUGGCAAGCAACAUAUGCAACCUCUUGCUUUCUAUGUGGAACCCUUAUCCAGGGCUUGAUUGUUCUCACACGGAGCAGCUACGAACCAAAGAAUUGGCACACAACACUGUUGUUCUGGGCUGUCGCAUUGUUCUCUGUUGGUAUCAACUCAGUCGGUGGGAAACUACUACCAAGAUUCGAGGGAUUCAUCCUCAUUCUACACAUCCUCGGAUUCUUCGCCAUCCUUAUUCCCCUUACUUACAUGGCGGACCAUGGAUCGGCGCAUGACGUUUUCACACAAUUUUUGAACAUGGGCGAAUUCCCGUCUCAGGGCCUUUCUUUCUUCGUCGGCAUGGUUGGGUGUAUAUUUGCAUUUGCUGGUGGCGAUGCCGCAGUGCACAUGUCCGAGGAAAUUACCAACGCGGCAACGGCAGUUCCGACAUCAAUUAUGCUCAGUGUUUUGAUCAAUGGAUCUCUGGGGUUCGGCAUGCUGCUGGCGAUGCUUUUCUGCCUAGGGGACAUCGAGGCCGCACUCGGGUCGCCCACUGGCUACCCUUUCAUGGCAAUUUUCUUGCAGGCGACAGGUUCCGUUCCUGGAACCGCAGUCAUGUCCUCAAUUGUCACCACAAUGGGUAUCACUACCUCUGUCGGCAUGUUGGCUUCUGCAUCGCGCCAGUUUUGGUCUUUCGCUCGCGAUCGAGGUAUUCCGGGUUGGCGAAUUUGGAGCCAGGUUCACGGAGGCACCGGUGUCCCCAUCUACUCUGUCCUUCUUACAACUUGUGUUGUCUGCCUCCUUGCUCUUAUCCCCAUCGGGUCCUCGGUCGCCUUCAAUGACCUCGUCGCCAUGUCUAUUUCCGGUCUUUACCUUUCGUACAUGGUCGUCGCUGGUCUACUCCUCUAUCGACGCUGCACUGGUGGCAUCAGCAAUGCCCGCAGCAGCGACUCAGCAGUUGUUAACACCGUCGGCGCGAAGCUUGUGUGGGGCCCAUUCCAUCUGCCAGGUAUUUGGGGCAUCUUGGUCAAUGCGUUUGCUCUGGUCUACAUGACUAUUGCGGUUUUCUUCAGUUUCUGGCCUCCAUCUUGGGUUGUUAAAGUUCAGACUAUGAAUUUCAGCGUGGUAGGAACCGCUGGUGUGAUCGUUCUCAGCCUUGUCUACUACGCCCUUCGAGCAAGAAAGGUGUACGACGGCCCGAUCGUGGAAAUUGAGUAA